AUGGAACAGCAGAAUUUCAACACCACAAUGACAGAAUUUGUUCUCGUAGGCCUCACUCAGAAUCGUAAGCUACAGUAUUUUCUCUUUGUGGUCUUCUUCAUAGUCUACAUGACAACGUGGGUGGGAAACUUCACCAUCAUUGUUGCCGUGAUCACCGACCACCAGCUGCACACUCCGAUGUACUUCCUGCUGGCCAACUUGGCUUUCCUAGAUGUCAGCGACUCCUCAGUCAAUGCACCCAAACUGCUGUCAGGUCUCCUCUUUCAGCGCAAUAUCAUCUCGUUCAAUGAGUGCCUCCUCCAGAUGUUCUUCUUCCAUUUCAUCGGUGCUGCAAUGACGUUUUGUCUUGUGAUGAUGGCAGUCGAUCGGUACAUGGCCAUCUAUAAACCACUGCAAUACUUGACUAUCAUGAACCGAGGUGUAUGUGUGGGGUUGGGGUCACUGGCAUGGCUGGGUGGAUUUGCUCACUCUUUUGUACAGAUUGAACUGAUUCUCCAGUUACCGUUCUGUGGACCUAAUGUCCUAGACAAUUUCUACUGUGAUGUUCCACAAAUCAUCAAACUGGCCUGCACUGACACCUACUUGAUUGAACUAUUGAUGGUCUUCAACGAUGGGCUGCUUCUCAUAAUAGUCUUCAUCUUUCUACUCACUUCAUACACCGUCAUCUUAGUCAAGAUAAGGACACAUGUCACGGAGGGGAAGCACAAGUCUUUGGCCACCUGUGGAACACAGAUCACAGUUGCGAGCUUAAUAUUCAUUCCUGGCAUCUUCAUCUAUGCUCGGCCCUUCAGGAAAUUCCCCAUGGACAAGUUAGUCUCAGUCCUGUACACUCUAAUCACCUCAAUGCUGAAUCCAAUGAUCUACACGUUGAGAAAUGCCGAGAUGAAAAAGUCCAUCAGGAAACUGAUUAGGAGAAUGCUGUUACCAGGGAGGAAAAGAGAGGCAUGA